GCAGUGUCAACGAGCCCCCGAACGGUCCCGCCUCAUUCACUCUCUUGUGUGUGCCUCGCAAGUCUCUCCUUGGUAAACCGUCACAGCUUCGGCGCGCGAGAGUGGCGUUGGCAAGUCCAAACCCCGGGGUCCUCGGCCAGGCCAGGGGGGCGGGCGCGCGGCGGGGCCGGGCCGGACGCGCCCAGCGGGCUCCGGGCACACGCCCCUCACCUGGGCGAGGCCCGGCGCGCAGGCGCUCAGCGCGGGGGCAGCGGCCGGGCGCUUAAGCCCCGCGCGGGCAAGAGUUGGACAGUUCAGGGGCCGUGCCGGGCCGAGCUGUCGCCGGCGCCACCUCCACGGCCUCCACCGCCACCGCCUGGGCUGCAGCAGAUCGCGAGAGAACCUCUGCGCGAAGCCCCGGUGCAGCCCUGGCGGGACCGCAGCAACCACCGGAGCGUGAGCAACAGCUUCCCUGCUGGAGGAGCCACUGCCCCACGCGCCCGCGGCCGGCGCGCCGAGCUCCUACCUUGUUCUCAACCUCCUGAACUCCCCACUGCAUCCUCUGUUGGAGGGAAUCCAAAUGUCUGAGAAGAUAUUUUUAAUGGAUGUUCUACAUUUCAACUCCAUCAAAUAUUAAAUUGAUGUUAAUGGGCUAACCUGGAAACCGAAAAACAACUUGUUUCACUACAAGGAUAAGAAAAUAUGUCCAAAUUCCUGUUGGCUGACUUAUCAAGGGACGUUUAGAACACAACCCAAUGCAUGAGGUACUCCUUAAGCCCUGACAACCAUCUUGAAGAUGGAAUCAUGAAUAUGGCAAAUUUUCUACGGGGCUUUGAAGAAAAGGGGAUAAAGAACGACAGGCCUGAGGACCAGUUGAGCAAAGAGAAAAAGAAAAUUCUUUUCUCCUUCUGUGAGGUGUGCAACAUCCAGCUGAACUCUGCAGCCCAGGCUCAGGUGCAUUCCAACGGUAAAUCCCACCGCAAACGAGUGAAGCAGCUGAGUGAUGGGCAGCCCCCACCGCCCGCCCAGGCCAGCCCCAGCAGCAACAGCAGCACAGGCAGUACAUGCCACACUACUACCCUUCCUGCUCUUGUGCGCACACCUACCCUGAUGAUGCAGCCUUCACUGGAUAUCAAACCAUUUAUGUCUUUUCCAGUGGACAGUAGUUCUGCUGUUGGGCUCUUUCCAAAUUUUAACACAAUGGAUCCUGUGCAAAAAGCGGUUAUUAACCAUACAUUUGGAGUAUCCAUUCCCCCAAAGAAGAAACAAGUUAUUUCUUGUAAUGUCUGUCAGCUUCGCUUUAACUCGGAUAGCCAGGCCGAGGCCCACUACAAAGGAAGUAAACAUGCCAAGAAGGUCAAAGCACUAGAGGCAACGAAAAAUAAACCCAAAAUGGUUUCUUCCAAGGACAGCGCAAAGGCUAAUCCCAGCUGCUCCAUCACUCCAAUCACAGGCAACAACUCUGACAAAUCAGAAGAUAAAGGGAAGUUAAAAGCCAGCAGUUCCAGUCAGCCGUCAAGCUCUGAAAGUGGCUCAUUUCUCCUCAAAUCUGGCACAACACCCCUGCCACCUGGAGCAGCCACUUCUCCCUCCAAGAGCACAAAUGGAGCUCCCGGUACUGUUGUUGAAUCCGAAGAAGAAAAAGCCAAAAAAUUACUUUAUUGUUCACUAUGCAAAGUGGCUGUGAACUCCCUGUCACAGCUGGAGGCACACAACACAGGAUCUAAACACAAGACCAUGGUUGAAGCUCGUAAUGGGGCUGGUCCAAUUAAAUCCUAUCCUAGACCUGGAUCAAGAUUAAAGAUGCAGAAUGGCAGUAAGGGGUCAGGACUACAGAACAAGACGUUUCAUUGUGAAAUCUGUGAUGUUCAUGUUAAUUCAGAAAUUCAACUCAAACAGCACAUUUCUAGCCGAAGGCAUAAAGAUCGAGUUGCAGGGAAACCACUGAAGCCAAAAUACAGCCCUUACAACAAACUCCAGCGGAGCCCAAGUAUUCUAGCAGCAAAACUUGCAUUCCAGAAAGAUAUGAUGAAGCCUUUGGCCCCAGCCUUCCUGUCCUCACCUCUCGCAGCGGCAGCAGCCGUGUCCUCUGCGCUGUCACUCCCACCCCGGCCCUCCGCCUCGCUCUUCCAAGCUCCAGCCAUUCCUCCAGCUCUUCUGAGGCCUGGACAUGGGCCCAUCCGCGCCACUCCUGCCUCCAUCCUCUUUGCUCCGUACUAACGUCUGCAAACCCCAAGACGUUUGAGGCCAGUAGGAAGUUGAGAAAGAAAGCCACAAGGAUUCAGCAAUUUAAGCAGUUUGUGUUGCUGUACCCUCAUUCACUCACAAAAUGCAGCCUACCACCCAGCUCCCCAGUUCCAAAGAGAAACAUAUCACUAGAUUCACGAGGGCUUUUAGAGACCGCUCCUAUAAUUUAGUAAUCUGAGCAGCAUAGGCUUUAUCUCCCUAUUUCCUCCCCGCCACCCCUCCCUCACCACCCCAUUCAAUUUGUGUAUCUCAGAUAUUUGAUUUCUUGAACAUGUAUUGGUAAGAAAGAAAAUCAUUCUCUAUUUUUCCAUGGGUAUGAUCUGGCUUAAAACAAUAUGGAAUAUUUUCCUGACAGACUUGAAAACUAGGAUCUUCCUCAGAUGUCUGUAAAUAACUCUGGUAUCCAACUGAGUGUAUUCUAGUGUGGAACAAAAAUCAAUGAACACAAGUGCUUACUUGUGGAUACCAUCUUACCAACGGAUCACAAAGUUCUCUUUUUGGUGUACUGUUGUUGACAGGGAUUGUGUACUGUUUCGACCCAAGUACUGUUGUAUCCUGUGUAGUACUAGAUCUGUAUCUCUUGUCUGAAUUAAACAUUUUUAGUUGCUGUGUAAAUGUUAGGAAGCAAAGUAGCUUUGAAUUUUCUCUUUAAGAGAACAAAAGAUAAUGUAUUUUCUUUAUUUCACAUUUUAUUUGGAGAUAUUUAAAUGAAAUAGAAAGCCAUAUAACAUAGCUAUAAUUACUACCUGUUUGCUAUUUUUGUUUAACUUAUUUUGUAGCUUCCUCACUGGUUUGUGUUGCUAAGCAAACGUAUACAAACAGAAAAAGAGCUUCCUAAAUUGCACAUUUUUGCACCUCUUGUGCAUUCUGCAAGAAGACAAUGAAUCCAUGUAUUUCUAUAUAAGUAUCUUCUUCAUUUUUAACCUGUUUUCAUUUGUAAUGAUGCUACAUAAUUUUGUGGCUCCCUAAUGCAAUAAUGUACAGAAGAUAAAAAAUUUAUAAUUGAACAAUUUGUCUUUCUGUUCACUGAAUAUAUUGCAGGUCAUGCUCCCAUGCCCCCCUUUCUAAACCGAUAUCAACUAGACUGGAAUGUUUGUGAUAUCAGGGGCAAGAGUUAUCAUAAAACAACAAAAUAGAGUGAACUCUUUUAGAGCAUCUAUAUCUGCAACCUGUAAAUGGUAAAAUGUCUGUGUAUUUUUUUAAAUGUACCUUUUCAAUAAAAGUACAAAAAA